AUGCAACGGGCGACGUCACCUGCGCAGUCCUCACAGACAUCUGCAACUAUAGAUCCCGAUGAAUUCUACAUCAAACAGCAGCGCAUAGGCGGCGGAAGCUUCGGCAAUGUUUACAAAGCCGUUGAUCGAAGGACCGGAGCUCCCGUGGCAAUCAAAGUGAUCGAUCUCGAAUCGGCCGACGACGAUGUCGACGAUAUUGUCCAAGAGAUAAAAAUCCUGAGCCAGAUGCGAUCCCACUAUGUGACCCAGUACUUUGGCAGCUAUCUUCACGGUGCGCAUCUCUGGAUAGUCAUGGAAUACUGCGGAGGCGGAUCGUGCGCCGACCUGCUUCGGGCGGGCACCAUUUCUGAAGACUACAUCGCAAUCAUCAUGCGCGAGAUUCUGAAAGGUCUAGAGUACCUGCAUAGCGAGCGAAAUAUUCACAGAGAUAUUAAGGCCGCCAACGUUCUUUUGACCGCCAAUGGGGAUAUCAAACUGGCCGAUUUUGGCGUCAGUGGGCAGCUUACUGCCAGCACUUUGAAAAAGAGAACGUUUGUCGGAACUCCGUUCUGGAUGGCACCCGAGGUCAUCAAGAUGAAUGGCUACGACUACAAAGCAGAUAUCUGGUCUCUAGGCAUCACCGCCAUCGAACUGGCGAAAGGUGAACCUCCAUUGUCGCGCAUCCAUCCAAUGACAGUCUUACUACUCAUUCCAAAGAACGCUCCUCCAACUCUUGACGGUGACUUUUCUCGCAACUUCAAAGAGUUUGUCGAGUGCUGUCUGCAAAAAGACCCAAACCAGCGGCCGACGGCAAAAGAGCUUUUGAAAAUGAAGUUUAUUCGCUCCGCCAAGAAAACCACGCAUCUUUUGGAAUUGAUUGACAGAAAAGAAAACUAUCUUCGGGAGAAGAACAAACGCAAGCCAAGCAGUUUGGUUGAUGAAGUCGAUGCCACAGACAGCAACUUUAUGACUGGAAAGACAGAUGCCUCAGCAUGGGAGUUUGAUACGGUCAAGCCGAGCGGGACUCUUCGGAAUCUACCAAACGAUGACACUAUCCAGGCAAAGUUCAACACCAUACGGAUGAAACGGAAUACUUCUGGAACCCUGAAAAGCAGGCAAGCAUCGUCGGCCGCUCAAGAGCUUCAGAUAAACAAGCGACAGGUGUCUCAACACCGGGUAGCUUCAUCAUCAGAAGCCCCCGAUAUGCAUCAAAAAAUCUUGUCGCAGCUGGACCUCAACAACGCGCCAUCCACUCACAACUCGGUGAUGAUGGGCUCUGGUCAGGACAGUAGUGAGAAUAGAGAGAGCGACAAGACUGACUUUAAUCCGAGAAGCUCUAACCGGAACAGUCGCGAGGGACCUGGAAUGUCUCGACAAAAGCAUCCGGCGCACAUAUCUCAAGAGCAUUUGUUUACGCCUUCGUCAUCUCCCCGUAUCCUGCACACCCCUCAUGGUUUACAAGAUCUGGUUAUCACUGAUGAUGACGACGAUGAGAUCGGAUUCGUGAGACAGGAUAUGAGGGAGCAUGUGAUGGACUCUGCUCACCACCGGCAAGCAUCGCAGCAACCUCUAGCGACGCCCUCUACCCCAAAAUAUGACGACGAUGAUGUAUAUACGGACAGCCGUUCUUUGCAUACCCCUGGAUCUGAAGAAUCGGAGAGUGUAGGUGUAUUUCAGGGAUUGAUUCUACCUGCUUUAUAUGAACUAGAGCGACGCUCACGAACAGAAAAGACGCGCGCGGUAGUCAGGAAGCUUAGGAAUGCUAUCCAGGCGGCUGAGAUUGAAGAGCCAGGGAUCGGAGAGACGCUAGUAGAGGAACUCUAUCGGGGAUUGAGAAGUGUGAAUAUUGUGUAG